AUGGGCAGUAGAAACAACGUGACUGAGUUCAUCCUCCUGGGACUGUCUCAGAAGCCAGAGAUGCAGAAAAUCCUUUCUGUGGUGUUUCUGUUUGUGUACCUUGUGACUGUGGGGGGGAAUAUGCUCAUCGUGACCACCAUCACCACUAGCCACAGCCUCCUGGGCUCUCCUAUGUACUACUUCCUGGCCUUCCUUUCCUUUGUAGACACCUGCUUCUCCUCAGUCAUCGCCCCCAAAAUGAUUGUAGACUCCCUCCAGGAGAGGAAAACCAUCUCCUAUAAAGGCUGCAUAACCCAGCUCUUUGCUGAACAUUUCUUUGCCGGGGUGGAGGUGUUUGUGCUCACUGUGAUGGCUUACGACCGCUACGUGGCCAUCUGUAAGCCCCUGCAUUAUGUGACCAUCAUGAGUCGGCAGACCUGUAGCCGGUUGGUGGGGCUGGCCUGGGCCGGGGGUUUCCUGCAUUCGAUGAUUCAAUUCCUCUUCAUGUUCCGAUUACCCUUCUGCGGCCCCAACGUGAUCGACCAUUUCAUGUGUGAUUUGUAUCCCCUGUUGAAGCUCGCCUGCACCGAGACUCGCAUCCCAGGGCUUUUGGUCAUUGCCAACAGCGGGAUGAUUUGUAUCAUGAACUUUUCGCUGCUGAUGGUCUCCUACGGUGUCAUUUUAUGCUCCCUGAAGUCUCACAGCUCUGAAGGGAGGCGCAAAGCUCUCUCCACCUGUGGUGCCCAUAUCACUGUUGUUACCUUCUUCUUCGUCCCCUGUAUUUUCAUAUACACGCGUCCACCAGCCACCUACUCCUUCGAUAAAAUAGUGGCAGUAUUUUACACCAUUUUAACACCCCUGUUAAACCCUUUGAUCUACACUUUUAGAAAUGUGGAGGUCAAAGAUGCCAUUAGGAAAUUGUGGAGAAGAGUAAUGGUUUUUGCUGAAAGGGAAAUGGGUUUGAAAUAA